CAACGCCAACCUUAUCAGAGCCAAUCAGGAUGUGGAGAGGCUGCAGAUUCUGUCCAAAAGAAAGAAAACAUGUCCUGCAGGUUGGAGGAUGUCCUUUUGCAGGUGUUACUUCUUUUCCAGUUCAACUGGACCCUGGGAAACAGGAAGAAACGACUGCAAAAACAGAGACGCAGAUCUGGUGGUGAUAGACAGCACAGAGGAACAGGAGUUCAUCCAAGGGUUCAAACAGGAAUAUUGGAUCGGUUUGAACGAUCUUGUCAGCGAGGGACCCUGGAAAUGGGUCGAUGGAUCUUCAGUCACACUGAAGUUCUGGAAUCCGGGGGAACCAAACAACGGUAAGGCGCGUAAUGGUAUGCAUUUGUAUGAGGAGGACUGUGGACAAAAAACUGCGAAGGGUAAAUGGAAUGAUCGGCACUGUGGCGUCCCGAUGCGUUGGAUCUGUGAGAAUAGCUGCAGUGUUUAG